AUGCUUCUGCAGAACCGCACCCUUACGGCACUGCUUCAAGCCGUCCAAUUCCGCUCGAGCUCCCAGGUCGAGACCUUCAUCAAAUGUAUCCGCGAGAAUGAGCCCAGCCAAAACAUCUUUGCAACAAUUCAGCAGUGUCUCCGGCAAUUCGACGACACUGCAACGGACAGUGCUCCACCAAGCCACGAAGACGACGAUCAGAGCGGAACCCAAUUGCACGAUCGUCCCAGCAACAGAAUCUGUCCAACGUGUCAUCAGCCUUCUCUCAUGGGUGCCGCGGCCUCUACUCCUCCAGGAAGCGUUCAAGACUCCCCAGGGCUGCCAGUAGCCGGCAAACAAGACCCACAAGAAGAGGCACCUCAAAAUGAUACUUCGUGCCAGCUGGUGGCCCAACAAGCACAACCAGGAAUCAGUGUUGAAGGGCCGAAUCCCCGUGGUUCUUCGCACAAACAUGGAACACCGCUCUAUGGCAUCCAAACGCUGGUUAGGCAGGAGAAGACUCCGUUGAGCGACAUUAUCACGGGAUUUAUGGACAGUGCUAAGACCUUGAUCUCAUGUGGCGCCUCGCUGUCUGGAGUUCUUGGGUCAGACACGAUUGACGUGGAGCAGUUUUUCUGUGACCGAACUCAGGAGGAUGGCUUGACAGUGAGCGGCUGGGCCUGUGAGCUAUGGCGCAGCUUCCAUGAUUGGGACGUGUACGUCCGACUUGCGCAGAUUUUGGCAUACACUACAGUCAUGCGCUGGAUGCUGGAUCCUACGGCGCUAUCCUAUGCUGCCAUACCAGACAUCCUUAAACCACGACCGAUCCAGUAUAUGGUACCGCAUCACAUUGCGCUCGACUUCUUACCACUGCCACCGUUGCGUGAAGCUCUUAUCAAGAACCUCCGAGACUGGAUGACGGCUUUGCCUGCAGCAGCGCUAAGUGUCAAUUGGGCCCGCGGUAUGGACGAAGCAGUAAUUUGGGGCGAGUCGAACCGUCGCCGUUUGCUCUCCAGAGACUUCAUGGAGCAUGUCACAAACUACCAGAACUGGAGCAUUGGGGAAAGCAUUCUAGGGGCGUUCCCUGAAGUCGAGGGGAUGAUUCGCCUUGACAGGAUAUGA